UGAAAAAGAAUGCUGCGGCCGUCGUUUGACGAGGCUGUGACAACCAAGGCGUACGAUAUGAUAGUGCAGCAUAUUCGCGACCACUGGGACGACCGACAUGUGAUUGUGGAAGGACUGAUGGCAGUCCAACAGUGCAUCGAUCGAAAAGGCGGUGAAAGUGACGCCAAAUGCUUGGGUGUGUCUGGGGCGUGCGAUGUGGUGCUGGACGUCAUGGCGGCCAAUAUGCAAAGCGAGGAAAUUCAGUUCUACGGCACCCAGGCCUUUCGUUUCUUAGCAACGUCGUCCAGAAACGUCCUGCGCUUCGAAGCGAAAAGAGGGCUCAACCAGCUCACGCAGUCCUUGGUGUAUUACGUGGCAGUGCCUCGAGUGGUUCGGGAAGUGCUUUGGGCAUUGGCAACCCUGUUGGGGGCAAGCGAACCAUCUGGACUUGCCUUUCUCGAGGCAAUGGACGGGACGCUACUGGUCCUUAAGACGCUUCACCGACAUACCGACAACUUGGACAUUCAACUGCAUGGUUGCCAGAGUCUGUUGUCCAUGGCCACACGUUUCAAAUCGCGGUUUCGGGAGGACGCAAUCGCGAGUACCGGGGCGCUCAUGAAAGGGCUCCUCGUGCGACAGAGUUUGCCCCGGUCGCUGGUGGUGGUUUGUUUGAAAUGCGUCACCGCCAUCGCCGACAAAGACUCGGCCACUGGCUUGUUUGCCGAUGGUUCGUGGUUUCGGUUCGUGUUUAUCACGUACAUUGACGACGAAAUCGUCGUGUUGGAGGUGGUCCAUCUGUAUAUAUUGCUGUGCCACAUUGCCCCAACCGUUGCCUUGACGCUGUCUAGUGGCGGCGGCCUUGAUUGCCUCCACGAAGCCCUGGUGACAUAUCACAAUCACCGACAUGAGGCCACCGUGUACGAACUGCUUCGGCUGGUGCGCCACGUGUUUGCUCUGUCUGCGACCCACCAAGACGUGGUUCGAGUGGCUCUUUCGUGUCAGACGACCUACACGACGCACGCGCGCCUGCAAAUCGAAGUGUGCUGCAUCGUCAGGUUGGCGCUGCCGUGGACGCCGGGGUCGCUCUGGACUACUCAAAUUGAAGUGUUGAAUCAGCUGAUGCAAUUGCACCAAACUGACGCCAUUCUCCGCCGCGAAGGUCAAUACACGAAGACGGCAGUGGGUUUGUUAGGUUAAAGGGAAAAACUAUGGAUGUCGUCUAACUGGUUCAAGUCCUUCAUGUCGACCCGUUUAUUGGACGCGGUGAAGAUCUGAAUGUCGCUGAGCCGAAGGCGAUCCACCGGCAUAUCUGCGACAUCGUUGUCGUUCAUGCAUGAGUGUUUUGACUUGGAAAGUGUAGGGUCCUCCAUGCGAUGGUGGUUCGAGUGCCCGUGUCGCCUCCACUUGUCUUGGGCGGGCGAAGUCUGGCCGUAGCUCCCUCUUUUGUUGUUGUCGUCCAGUGAUUCAUCGCUGACGGUGGACGUGGACGUACUCUAUGUGGAGUGUCAUGACUCUGAUUCUUCCCAGUCUGGAUAAUGAUAUAUAUAUGUAUAUAUUGCGAAUUUUUUUUUGCUAUGAACUUCCAAAAUUCGCGUAUCAAUAUUGUAUCACG